AUGGGCUACGCCGAUAAACUUCGUGACAAGAAUAUUGUCGUCUUUGGGGCUUCAACUGGCAUUGGUUUUGGAGCCGCUGCUGCAUUCCUAGAUGUCGGUGCGAAUGUCACAAUCAUUUCAUCCUCUCAAGAAAAGUUAGAGAAUGCCGUGAAACGGCUGGAUUCUCCCAAAGCUAAGAGCUUGGUCGUCAAUGUUCGAGAUGAAGACGCCGUUGUCAAGGCUUUGCAAUCCUUGGCUCCUGUUGACCAUGUCGUUUUUUCUGCAGUAGACAACAUUAUUCGAGGAAAGCUCGAAGACCUUUCACUUGACGAAGCAAAACGCUUGUUCGGUGUAAAGUUUUGGGGGGCAGUCACGCUCGGUAAAGCUGUACUCAAAUACAACAUCAUCCGCUCCGGAGGGUCUUUGACACUCACUUCUGGGACGGCUGCACUCAAACCAGGCAAGGGGGCCGCCGUUGGUGGUGCACUAAAUGGUGGUGUCUUGUCAUUGACAAGAGGGCUUGCUUCUGAUCUUGCUGAGAAGAAAAUUCGUGUCAACACAGUGGUUCCGGGUCUGGUAAAGACUGAACUUUGGGACAAGCAAGGCAAGACGCCCGAGGAACAAGACGAGAUCUUCACCGGGGCCAGUUCGAAAUUACCAGUCGGGUUCGUCGCAACACCAGAACAUAUUGCAGAAGCGUACCUGUACGCGGUAAGAGCAGACUAUGCCACAGGCACAUUGAUUGAAAUUGACGGCGGGGUUCUUUUAUAA